AUGGAUUGGGAAGGGGGGCGCUUGCUGCUGCCCUUCUUGCAGGUCGUCUUCCACCUCUACCCUCCGCUGGGGUUGGUGAGCUCGAGCGGCCCCUUGGAUCUGAGCUCCUGGCACUGCAGCUUCUCGGGCACUUGCGAGUGCGACUUCCGGCCCGACCUGGCAGGUGAGAGGGGAGAGGAGGGGGGGGGGAAGGUGCUGGAGAGAGGCAAGAGUGCGCAGGCGCGUGCGCCUCAACGGUUCGAAACUCUCAGCUGGGAGCGUCGCCGGGGUGGCAGAAGUUCUAGUCCCCGCUGCGCCACUCCUUUAAAAAAAAAUUAAUUAACAAUUUUAACAUAUCGAAAUAUCAAAACAUAUCAUAUUCAUUAUUUCCCCCCACCUCCCCAUCAGGCCCUCCCUCCCUCCCUCCCCCCCAGACUUCCCUCAGCUCCUCUCUCUGAUUUUUCAACAGAUAUUAUUCUCUGCAUACUGUAAAAUAUAAAUCCUUAUAUUAUCUAUUCACUGUGUUUACGUCCACUUCGCCACUCCUAAUCCUGUAUCAUAUACGACUUCCUCCAAGGGUUGUUGUGAGGUCAGAUCUUGGCCCCAGGGUCAGGAAUGGUUGGGGGUUGGAGCCCCCAACAAUAUGUAUCCCCAUAUUACCCCCCACCCCUCAGGUGCAGUUCUUGGGGGGGGGUGAGAUGUGUGCGUUUUUUAAAAGCAAUGCAAAAAGAAGAAUCCCCGCCCCCACUAAGCCUCUUGAUUCAUCCCAGGUCUAGAAUGCAACUUGGCCGUGAACCUGGUCGGGCAGCAAUUGGCAAGGGAGCUUCUCAUGAAAGGCCUGAAGGGAUUUGUGCACAACAGCAGCCCUGAGAAGCCUCUGGUGAUGUCCUUCCACGGAUCGAGCGGCACGGGGAAAACCUUCGUUGGAUCUCUGCUAGUCCCCCACCUCUUUCGCUCUGGGCUGCGAAGCCCAUAUGUCCACCACUUCACCCCGGUAGUUCAUUUCCCCCAUGCAGAACACAUCGAGCAGUACAAGGUAAGGAAGCUGCCUCUCAGCACCAAGUUGCAGGCUUUGUUUUUCUGUGGCAAAUCAUCACACAGGUCCCUGUUUUUAGAAUGCAGUAGGACACAUGUAGUCUGGAGGCUUCAGUGUAGCCUGACCUAAUAAAAGUAUGUGUAAAAGGCCUUGCAGUUUGCAGUGGUCUUUUUUUCCUUACAUGCUCGUGCUGUUCGUGUAUUGGAUGAGUAUUCUUUUCUCUAUCUUCUCCCAGAACGAUCUGAAGAACUGGAUCCAGGGGAAUCUGACACGCUGUGGCCGAUCACUGUUUAUCUUUGACGAUAUGGACAGGAUGCACCCAGGCUUGGUCGACGUGAUUAUCCCAUUCUUGGGACCUUCCUGGGUUGUGUUUGGAACAAACUACAGGAAAGCCAUCUUCAUUUUUAUUAGGUAGACACUGAUUAAAUAGCAGAUAUAAAAGGCAGGAGGUUGCCUUAUACCAGGGGUCAGCAAACUUUUUCAGCAGGGGGCCAGUCCACUGUCCCUCAGACCUUGUGGGGGCCGGACUGUAUUUUUGGGAGUAUAAUUGAACGAAUUUCUAUGCCCCACAAAUAACCCAGAGAUGCAUUUUAAAUAAAAGGACACAUUCUACUCAUGUAAAAACAUGCUGAUUCCCGGGCCGGAUUUAGAAAGCGAUUGGGCCAGAUCCAGGCCUUAUACUGAGCCAGGCCAUUGACCCAUUUCACUCAGUAAUGCGUACACUGACUGGCAGCAGCUUUCUAGGUUUCCAGUGAAGAGUUCUUUCCCAGCUCUUGCAGGGGAUUGGUCUGCAUGCAAGGCUGGUGCUCUGCCACUGAAAUACAGCCCUUCCAUAUAGGACUUUGUGGGAAAUUACCUAGUAAGGAAUUGCUUACCAUCUGAAACCAAUUCCUCCUUUCCCAUCCGCAAAUUAUAUUUUCUGCCUCAAAGUCAUGAAAGAAAGACCCCAGCUGUAGUGCAGUAAGAGAAUAUUUGAUUUAAUGAUCCCAUAGUGUGUACAGCACCUUCUUUGGAUGCUAAAUGUUUUCAAAAUGUGGUAAACCUAGCUCUGUUGUCUUUGUCUGCCUUCCUGCUCAUUCAGCUAGGCCUGACCCCAGAUGCCUGUCCCAAAGUCCUGCCCUGAUAGCACCAUUGUCUGUGCAUAAACUUCAGUUGAUUUUGCUUUCUUUAAAAUAUUAUUCUAAAUGAAAACAGCCAGCUCUAACAGCAUAAUCCUAUACUUGCCCAUUGUGAAGUAGGACUGUUUGAGUUCAGUGGAGCUUACUUUCAAGUAAGCAGGUUCAAAAUUGUAAUCUCUGGGACUGAUAAGUGCAUAUUUUAUAUUUAUUUAUUAGAAGAUUUCUAUUGUCUUCUGUAGACUACUCAGAGCACCUUAGCACAAAUAACAAAAAAUCAAUUUCAUGAAAACUCUGUUUACCUAUCCAAUUAAGCCCGCCGUUAUAAAAAUGUCUUCAGUAACCAGCAAAAAUGAAAAGUGAGGGAGGUGCCAACCAGACUUCACAGGGGACGACAUGUUCCGUGACCUGGGUGCAGCCACUGAAAAGGCUGACCCUUGACCCACCCAGGUGUGCUUCCAACCUAGGCAGGGCAGAGAAAGGCCUCUCCUGAUCUUGGGGAAGUGGCAAGAUGGUGUAGGGACAAAGAUUGGGAACCUGAGCCCCCACCCCGGAUAUGCUGGACUACAAUUCCCCCCAUCCCUACUGGCCAUGCUGUCUGAGAUUAUUAGGAGUCCAGCAACAUCUGGAGAGCCACAGUUCCCCAAACCUGAUAUAGGAGCAGGUGAUCCAUACAGUAUUGUUGUUAAAGCACUGAAGCACAUCCUUAUGAGUGAAGUGUGUGUUCUCACAAGGCAUCUUUUCUCUUGCAUCCUGUCUUGUUCUCUGAUAGCAAUGCUGGUGGGGAGCAGAUAAACCAAAUUACCUUGGACUUCUGGCGGGCCCAUAAAGACCGUGAGGAGAUCAGCCUCAAGGAUCUGGAAGAAUCAGUUUACAAAGCUGCUUUUGAAAACCCCCAAAGUGAGUAUCAUUUGAGAAACAGGAAACAUAAGAACAGCCUUCUGGAUCAGGUCAGAGACCCAUCUGAUCUACCAUUCUGUUCUCGCCAUGGUCAGCCAGCUGCCACAGUGGGAAGCCCGCAAACAGGACCUUAGUGCAACUCUCCCUGUAUGUGGUUCCCAGUAACUGAUAUUCAAAGACAUACAGGUGCCAACAGUAGAGGCAGAACAUAGCCAUAGUGUCCAAUAGCCUUAUCCUCUAUGAAUUUGUCUUACCCUCUUUUAAAGCCAUCUAAGUUGGUGGCCAUUACUAUAUUUUUGUGGGAAUGAAUUCCAUAGUUUAACAAUAUGAAAAAGGAAAGAAGUGCUAAACUUCCUCCCACACUUCUCCCCUCAACAUACCUGGUUCCCCACAAACUGAGUUUACUUGUAACCUCCAAGCCCCACCAGGAAUUUGUGGAGGCAGAAGUGCUUAGGACCACCUGCCCACAUGGCAUUUUAAAAACUACUGUCAUUUUAUAGUGGUAACCCUUUUGUGGGUGAAAUACCCUUUGCCACAUUCAGUGGCCUUGGGUGAGAGAACCAUGCCCACAGCAAAGGGAACAUUGAGCUUUUCACACAAAAUGUGGGCAGUAAAACUCUUGCUGAGGAAGAAGGAGCCACACAAAGGCACUGUGGCCCCUAUUACCUGGAAGGAAAUAAAAUUGUCCGCCAGAGAUUUAUUUUGCAAAAAACUUAUCUUUCCUCCCCCAGGGGUGGGAUUCAGUGGUCCAGUUCAAACAUAUGUGGUGCACUACUGGCCUCUUCAAGAGUACAGGCCUUUCCACUACUUAAUUCCCUACUUAGAAACUUGAUCUCUCUCUCCUGCAGAUGGAUUUUGGAAGUCUGGGAUAAUCGAUCAGCACCUUAUUGACUUCCUCGUGCCUUUCUUGCCUUUGAAGCAGCACCAUGUGAAACGGUGUGUGGCCAGUGAGCUGACCAGCCUAGACCUAGAGCCACAGCCAGAUGUCAUCCAGGCAGUUGCUGACAGCAUCCCUUACUUUCCAGCAGAGUUGAAAGUGUUCUCAGCCACAGGCUGCAAAACAGUGGCUUCACGGGUCUCUUUCUUCCUUUGA